UUGGGUUUAAGUGUCGAGUUAGAUAUCAAGCCUGAAAUUUCCGCACCAGUUGAUGACGAUCAGAAUAAUGAGCUGACUCAAAGCACAAUCAGCUACCCUAAGAUUGAAAGGUUAAAGGAAGAAGUCAAACAUUGGCAAGCGCAAGUUCACUUCUGGCAAAAUCGGCAUGAUGAUUUUCUUAAUCAGGUUGAACAAAAUAGAUCUGGUAGUUCAUCGACAGAUAUAUCGACCACGAGUAAAAAUAAAUCUAUAGAGGCUGAAAAUGAAGCAGCAAGAACCGAAAUGAAAGAAAUUUUAAAAACUUUAUCAUCGUUAUAUGAAAUGAGAUAUGAUAAGGUUUUUAAUAGUCCAGAGAACAAGAAAAUUCAGCAAAAAUUAGUACCUGAACUACUGAGGUCAUUACGGCCAUGUUAUAACCCCUCAUAUAAUAAACUAAAAGAAUGGCUUUGUGCUUUGCAUAAACAUCGAAGAGACGGCUACUUAUUAAAUAAAAAAGAAACACAAGGUCAGACAAGUUAG